AUGACGGCGGAGAGCGGGCCGCCACCGCCGCCGCCGCCGCCGCAGCCGGAGGCGCUGGCGGCCGUGAAGGAGGAGCGCGGUGAGGCGGGGGCCGGGGUCCCGGCAGAGGCCGCGGGUCGCGGCGCUGGCGGGCGGCGGCGGAAGCGCCCCCUGCAGCGUGGGAAGCCGCCCUACAGCUAUAUUGCGCUCAUUGCCAUGGCCAUCGCGCACGCACCGGAGCGCCGCCUCACGCUGGGCGGCAUCUACAAGUUCAUCACCGAGCGUUUCCCCUUCUACCGCGACAACCCCAAAAAGUGGCAGAACAGCAUCCGCCACAACCUCACACUCAACGACUGCUUCCUCAAGAUCCCGCGCGAGGCCGGCCGCCCGGGCAAAGGCAACUACUGGGCACUCGACCCCAACGCCGAGGACAUGUUCGAGAGCGGCAGCUUCCUGCGCCGCCGCAAGCGCUUCAAGCGCUCUGACCUCUCCACUUACCCGGCUUACAUGCACGACGCGGCCGCCGCUGCUGCUGCUGCCGCCGCCGCCGCUGCCGCCAUCUUCCCGGGCGGGGUGCCCAAUGCGCGCCCGCCUUACCCGGGCGCUGUCUAUGCAGGCUAUGCCCCGCCGUCGCUCGCCGCGCCACCCCCGGUCUACUACCCGGCUGCGUCCCCAGGCCCAUGCCGCGUCUUCGGCCUGGUGCCUGAGCGGCCGCUCAGCCCAGAACUGGGCCCCGCGCCGUCAGGGCCCUCCGGUUCCUGCGCCUUUGCCUCGGCCGGCGCCUCUGCCACUACCACCGCUUACCAGCCCUCCGGCUGCGCCGUCGCCCGACCUGCCAACACUUCCGCCUAUGCGGCCGCCUAUGCGGGCGCAGACGGCGCGUACUCGCAAGGGGCCGGUAGCGCCCUCUUCGCAGCGGCUGGCCGGUUGGCCGGGCCCGCUUCGCCCCCCGCGGGUGGCAGCAGUGGCGGCGUCGAGACUGCAGUGGACUUCUAUGGGCGCACAUCGCCCGGCCAGUUCGGAGCACUGGGGCCCUGCUACAAUCCUGGUGGGCAGCUCGGAGGGGGCAGUGGAGGCGCCUACCACGCUCGCCAUGCGGCUGCCUAUCCAGGCGGAGCGGAUCGGUUUGUGUCCGCCAUGUGAGCCGAGCAUACAGGCGAAAAUUCAUAGAUACCUCGACUGUCUUUACGAACUAAGUAUUCACGAAACCUGAGGACAGGACUGGAGAGAGGAUCGAGUUGAAAGCCACAUGCGAGGGACCGAGCCGGAGGUUCAGGCGCAUACUCCCUGUGCACCGUGUACACACCGGUUCGCUUUGAAAAUGGGAGGAAGUGGGGAGAGGCAUCCUCGGCCCACGGACUGAGACAAUGGACCCUCACUGAGGCGAGGCUCCAAAGGUCGUGCCUUUCUGACAUUCUGCCGGGGAGGGUCCUUGGCUCUAAAGGAGGCAAAACGUAGUGUCUACACCAGAGUCUAAGGGAAUUGUGGAGAAUCACAUGACUUCACUCUUCCCCGUACUUACCAAAACCCGGGUCUUUUUACACAGUUCCAUCUCUUGUGCCUUUGACUACGUUAUUACAAAUAAAAGGCUCCGAUAGUGUCUUCCUA